AUUUACUCAGCACUUACUUGUGCUUAAUGUGGCUUCUCUGCGUACCCAUCCAUCUUCAUGUUGGCAGCUACUCCCAACCCCAGUCCCUCUGCUGCCUUGGAAUAGAUCAUCACUGCAAGAGAGGAAGCUGCUACUGUGAUGAAUUCUGCCACGUGGUAUUAGACUGCUACCCAGACCACUACGCCCUGUGCAACCCCGCUUCUCAGAAUACCAAGAUGGUGCUGCGGAUGGUGCUGAGGAUGGAGAACCCCCCCCCCGAGACCUGCAAGAAGCAAUCUAGACUGGAUGCAGCGCCUGAGACCAAGGCCUUCACAAAAACGGUAUCUUCCAAACUCAUGGUUGUGAUCACCACUCCUACGGAAGCGUCAGCCACAAGGGGCAGCCCCAUGGGAACUGGAAUGAUCACAGUUGAGACUGUUACAGGCACUGAUCUUGUGGAAUCUGUCCUUGACACCCUUUGUACAGAUGACAACUCAGAGGAGGCAAGGAGGAUUGUAAAUGACAUCUUGACAUUGGCUCACACUUUUGCAGAAGCCAAGGCCCUGGCCUUGGAGAGCAGUGCCGUCUCUAACAGCUCAGUUCUGGCCAUUGCCACCUCACAGACCCUGGCAUCUGACGCUGCUGCUCUGGCUAAAGCCUUGCUCGCCUAUACUAUCACCGACACCAAGGUUAUCAAUUGUAGCGUUAUAGAAAUAGAAACAACUACCACCACUCCUGGGACCUUGGACAUAGGUCAUGACCCCACAGGAGCAAAGGCCCUGUCUCCCUCUGAGAUGUCAGCUUUGCUUGAUUCCACGGAAUCAGAAUCAGACUCCCUGGAGACCAUGACAUCUGCUGAGACCUUGUCAGGAGCCACAGAACCAGCCAUGCCUGAUACCACAGUUGAGACCCCACUACCUUCUAAUAGCACCAUAGAGGGAGGAACAGCAGCAGCAAAGACCACCAGCCCCAGCACAACUUUGGUAACUGUCAGCACGAACCCCUUGGAAGAAACUUCAGCCCUCUCUGUUGAGACAAGCCACACUGAGAGCUCAGUUACAAUCUCCACACGGGCUGGGUCAACAGUGGGCAAAGUGACCUCCCCUGCUGGGCUCUCAUCUAUGGCCUACAGCCACACCCAAGUAGCCACUAGCAGGAACCCCAUUCCCUCAGAGACUUCAACCACAGACAGCACAACCAAUGGGUCCACCCCCAUCAGCAGGAGCCCCUUUCCUCCUGUCCAUCUGACUGUGGCUAACAGCAGCCCAGAGGCAAAUAUCACCUUAGUCAAGACCUUAGCAAGGACCUUGAAGACAGCCAGCAUGACUGGAGGGAAUCUCCCAACAGCCAUGCCCACCACUGCUCAGACAAAGUGGGCCACAGAAGUUACUGCAGGUGGAGAUGGAGGCUUUUUCCUUCUGCGACUGAGUGUGGCCUCCCCAGAAGACCUCACUGACCCGAGAGUGGUGGAGAGGCUGAUGCAGCAGCUCUUCCAUGAACUGUGUACCCUCAUGCCUCCCAUCCAAGUGUCUCUGCUGCGCGUCAAGAGGGACUAAGGACCAUCAGCUGCGGCCAGGCGUGGUUGUGUGCCAAAGGGGGCAGUGCUGCCGGCGUCUGGGCCCCCCACCGCCUGGAGCCACGUCACUGCUACUGCGCUGAGAUGCACCUGGAAGAUUCCCUAGAGGUCAGCUGGCCUAAAUCCUUACCCCAGACAUGGCAGCGGUACCCUAAGGCACAUAUGCCUGAGUGUAUGUGUGUGUGUGUGUGGGGGGGGUUCCAAAGAUGUUCUCAGACUUCCUUUGGCUCAUGUGUUGUGUUUCAGUAAAGAGUGACUUGAUCACCCA